AGUUGUCCUUGUUUGUUCCUGCCGGAAAACAUCGGGUCUAAACAUCCAACGCCGCACCUACCAUUCAGCCAACGUCGGUGUACCACUUCGCCCAUCAUGCGUCCCACCGCUGCACGUCUAAAUGGAAUGCCUGGACGUAUGUUUUUCUCUUUUUUUUUUUUGCUAUGGAACAGUUGUGCUAAUUUCGAGCUUACAGCUAAAUCAUUUUGCCCUUGGUGGGGUGACACCAGCAUGCAAAAACAGAGAGGAGUUGUUGUUUACACUGUCUCUCCAUUCAGGCAGCGGGGCUCAAAAGGCAUAAUUAAAGGCUGGCUAUUCAACGGCUACAGGCGUCUUGCUGCCCAAGUUCCCUACUGGAUAGUCCCCUUUGCUAUUGGAUAUGGAACGUACACUUGGGCUAAACGUCGUGACGCUUGGCAGAACAGCAAGGCUGGACAUAUUGCGCUGGGUGACCACCACUGAGGUAUCUUGUUAGAUUCGCCAGUUCCGAAAUAGACUUGUUUUCUUUCACGUCUUCCUGGUAACUGAUUGGGCGUGUGUCCUAAACCGGACUGUUCGUUCCCCUCCUGAGUUGGCUGGAUUCUAGCUCCUACACGUAACUCGAUGACACCAUACCAGUAAACGGUGGUCUAAUAUUUGAUGCAUGAUUAUGCGAAAGCCAGACUUGUCAUUCUAAGGAGCAAUCUGACCUGAACGCUA